UCUCAUGGCUUUGCGCUGCACAUUGCUGUCUGACACCACAGCACAGGAACAACCAACCACAUCCUGCUAGAAUCAUGCAGUCUGCCGAGUCCAAAUUUAACAAAAAAAGCCUCCUCUUGGCUCUGAGGCGAUACAGCUCAACCAUCAAUGAUAUGGAGAAGACCAUUCUCUUGCCCAGCUUGCUGAGAGACGUGCCGGCCGAUGAGGUGUGGGACUGUGAAGCCGCAGAGGAGUCCUGCUGCGACCUGUACGGCAACUACCUGAUGCUCAAAGCCAUAAGAAACAUAGUGGAGAGCGGCCUGGUUCCACUGGAUGACCACAAAGCCAAGAACAACACGCUCAACAAGACUCUGGAGCCUCUCUUGGACACAGAUCCAGAAGUACUCUUCCGUUUUCACCUGAGUGGACUGUUUUCUGUGAUGAGCGACCUCACCAAGAAGUCUCAGAGCCUUACUGACAAGUAUAUGGACAUCAUUGGAGUGGCAAAAUAGAAGAAAUUUCAACAUCUGAUGUUUGUUAAAGCAUAGUAUAUUGGGCAAAGUCACCUUAACAUCUAAAUUGUCUGAACCGUUUACUUGCAGUGCCCUUUUGUGUCUAACUUAAUAUGGAAUAAAAGUGUACAACCCCAAAACUAAUAAUAUAUUUCUCUUCAUUUAACUCUAACAAUCAACUGAAAGUGGCAAUACUGUUUGAUUUUUAUAUUUAUAACAAAGGAAAAAAUAUUCUUGAUCAUGAAGGAAAUGCAACCUUAAAAGAGAAUAAUGCUAAUUGUUUUGACUCAUGAGGAAAAUGUCAGUCAAUAUUUUUUUUUUUUUUUUUUUUUAAAUUGGAGUAUUUUUAUUAUAUACAUAGUUAUAUUUCACAGAAUAUAUGACAGAAAGAGCUCACAAAAAGACCACUAAAGACAGAUGGUAGUCUGCGAAAUAUUUCCCUCUCCCCCCUCUCUUCCAUGUCACCAGCUGCCAACACUUAGCGUAUGGGAUGGAAAGGCUCGAUGAUUUCUGCAAAGGUCUUUUUUUCUGGUGAGAUAAAAGAAAAUGGAGAUAAACACUUUGGUUACAUACAUUAAUGAGGCACCAUAUUUUUGUCCUGAAGCAAAGCAAACACAAGAAGUAGAAAUUAUGACACAGCAUGUAGCUCAUACUAAAUAUUGACUAUGUUUUAAGAUUUUGAACUGUGAUCAGUAUAUGAUUGCUAUUAGUGAUGAUAAAAUAUAUGAAAAAAUAUUAAAGCACAUACUGUAUGUCUGUGUAGAAUGGAAUAACAAAAACAUACACAAAAGAAUACAAAUAAGCAGAAAAAGAUAUUAAAAUAUAAUAC